CCUGUAUUUCGACACAGGAUUUGCAGCACAGGUAGAGCAUAUCACAGCCCACAAAACGGUAAUAACCCGCAUAAAGCACUCAGAUUACUCCGCUGGCACUGUUAAUAUUACAUGUUGUGGGCCUACCUGCUUGGAGGUUUUCUCCAGCUGCCUCCUUUUGCUCAGUUUCCAGGUCUUCAUCUGUCCACCACAUCCUACUCCAUGUUAGGCGAUAUAAGGGGGUGACAAAGACUGUUUAACAUGUUUUCUGUAACAUCUUCUGCCACCAUUGUUUGUAAUUUUGUCGUUUAACAUUACAUUUCUAUUCCCAUUCAACUCCACCCUGUCCAUCUUGUUUUUUCUUAUUUCCCGCUUUGCCCGUGACAUCACCGAAUGGACCGUAUGGACUAAUUUAAACGGCUCAUGGGAGGGGACCGCGCCUCUAUGGCAGACCACUGCGCAUGCUCAGGAGUAGCCUGCAGAUGGUUUUAGUAAGGCGACAUCCCUCAUCAGAUGGGCUGUUCCAAAAUCAGGUAUCACAUGUCAGCAGUGGGCCGUGCAGCGUACAGUAGGGAAGUAAAGACACUUCCUUCUUCCUACCUCACUGGUUGCUCACACGGACCACUCAGUAUAGUAGGAAGUCUGACAUUCGUGGCAAUGGAGAUCCUGAAGCUCGUCAAGGGCUGCUUCUAUUGACUCAUCUGAUUUCCUCCCUGUUGUUAAGAAGCCACAGCAAAUGUCACCGGGUUUAACCACGGAAACUAUUCACUUGUACUGUGUUAAACUCGUCUGAGCUCAACCCUUUAUUCAGCCACAAUGGCUGCGACGUAGCGCAACUUUUGGAUCCACGGUGGAUGAACGAGGGCGCUCCGGGGCGCAGCUAACUUUUACUGACUUUGAGGAGACACAAGAGAAAAAAAGAUGAAGAAACAGUUUAAUCGCAUGAGGCAACUCGCCAACCAGACAGUCGGAAGGGCUGAGAAAACUGAGGUGCUGAGUGAUGACCUCCUACUGAUUGAGAGGCGGAUGGAGUUGGUGCGUUCGGUGUCGCACAACACACAUAAGAGGCUGGUGUCCUGUCUGCAGGGUCAACUGGGCACAGACACAGAGAAGAGACACAAAAAGCUGCCAUUGACGGCGCUGUCCCAAGCCAUGCAGGAGGGAGGCGGUCAGCUGGGAGACGAGAGUCUGAUUGGUAAGAUGAUGGAUGUGUGUGGAGAGGCCGAGAGCAGAUUAGCAACCGAGCUUAUGCAGCAUGAAGUCCAGAUCGAGAGAGACAUCCUUGAACCUCUAAAUCAGCUGGCAGAGCUGGAGAUUCCAAAUAUUUUAAAGCAGAGAAAGCAACUGGCCAAACUGGUUCUGGACUAUGACUCAGCCAAGACGAGGUGGUACCAGGCAACAAAGUCCAGCAACCAGGCGAUGGCAUCUAAGGUGGACUCUCUCAAAGACGAGAUGGACGAGGCUCACAAUAAAGUAGAAAUAUGCAAGGACCAGCUUUCUGCAGACAUGUACAACUUUGCUUCCAAAGAGGGAGAUUAUGCGCGUUAUUAUGUCAUGUUAUUAGAGGACCAGGCUGAGUACCACAGGAGGUCUCUGGCAGCUCUCGAGGCAGCUAUACCAACCAUCCAAAUACAGCAAGACUCCUGGAUGGAGAAGCCAGCCUAUGGAACGCUUCUGGAAGAGCACCUGAAGAGGAGCACCCGUGAGAUUGCUCUGCCCAUCGAGGCUUGCGUCAUGAUGCUGCUGGAGACCGGCAUGAAGGAGGAGGGUCUCUUCAGGAUAGCUGCAGGAGCUUCCAAACUGAAAAAGCUAAAAGCAGCACUGGACUGCUCAACCUCUCAGCUUGAGGAGUUCUACUCUGAUCCCCAUGCCGUCGCCGGAGCCCUGAAGUCGUACCUUAGGGAACUUCCUGAACCUCUAAUGACUUUCAGCUUGUACGACGAGUGGCUGCAGGCCUCCAAUGUGACUGACUCUGACAAGAGGCUGCAGGCCUUGUGGGUGACAUGUGACCGUUUACCAAAGACUCACAAAGCAAACCUCAGGUAUCUGGUGAAGUUUCUGGCGAAACUGGCUCAGGACAGCGACGUUAAUAAGAUGACUCCCAGCAACAUCGCCAUAGUCCUGGGUCCCAACCUGCUCUGGGCAAAGACAGAGGGGACACUGGCAGAAAUGGCAGCAGCUACAUCUGUCCAUGUUGUUGCCAUCAUUGAGCCCAUUAUCCAGCACGCUGAUUGGUUCUUCCCUGAAGAGGUGGACUUCAACGUUUCAGGCAUGUUCGCCCUGCCCACCCACCCAGCCACCCCUGACCCUGAACCCGGCCUGGAGAGGAAACGCCCUGGCAGCCUGGUUGGGCAGGACGGGGACAGUCACACACCCCGUAAAGACAGCCCUGUUAACAAAGUGCCGGAGCCCGCUCCACGUAGAGCCAACACUGUUAUUAGAAAGCAUCCACAUCUAACCUCACCCACCUUCCAACCCCCACUGCCCCCUCUGGAAGCCUGGGGCGCUGCUCAGACUGAGCCCCUGCCCCAGGUCCUGUCCCUGGCUGCGCAUGCCGAUCAGCCUGGCCUGAGUGGUAGUGGAGGUGGUGGUGGUCUGGGAGGUUGGGUCCAGGUAGCCUCAGUGAAACCUCAGGUUGUAACGCAGAUCAGCACGGAAGAGAACAGCCCGGCCCGUGAGCUGAUGUCCACCCCCCCUCCCCAGAGGAAUGGUUCAGUCCAUCUUUCAGUGGGGACCCCUCACUCUCAGGGGGGAUCAAGAGGGCCCAGUCCACACAUGGUUCGCAGAGGCACUAAGAAGCAGGCCCCCGCCCCGCCUAAACAGGCCAGUCCCUUCGCCUCCCAGUCAAGCAACACCCAAACACCCAGCUCACCUCAUCACCCAGCCGUCGCCCCCAGGCGCCACCCCAGCAAAGACAACAUAAUCCACGUCCCAAGCCACCCGCCCCCGCAGCCUCCUCAGGCCCACCAGGCCCAGGGGGAGUCAGAGCCCUCUCCCCCGAGCACUCCCACCCCUCCAGACACUCCACCUCACGACGCACCACACUCCAACCCCUUGUCUUAUCACCACUCCGGGUCCCUCCCUCGCCCCUCUAGGCCGGCCCCAAAGCCUCGCCCCCGACCCAACAUGCCCCCGCCACCACAGCCUGCAGCCAAUGAGGAUGGUAAUGGCCUCUUCGGCUCCGCCUCCAAGAUCAUAACAGAUGUCUGAACUGCCGGCCUGCCUGUAAGAUGAGCUUUGCAAAGGCAGGUAAUGACGGAGGCCUGGUCCUAAAGGGGAUCAGUCGAGCCUUCAUCCCCGAGGUGAUCGUGGACCAACAAGAGGAGAGCUCUGCUGGUCAAGAGCCCUCCGCCGCCACUGCCACCACCACAGCCUCUUCCCCCACCAACCCUGAGAUCAACACAGAGAGCACCGCGCUGUGAAAAACAUGAGGGAUUAUAGAAACCAUACUCCCCUCAGCUGGUCCAAGUAAAAGAUUUGAAUGUUAAGAAUUAGAUAUCAGCGAAGUAACUCAAACUCCAGCUCUUCACUCUGAACUCACAUAAUGCCAGGCUGCUAUCUGGAGAAUAAUGGCUACAUUUCUUCUGUUUUGCUGCGGUAUAACUAAACACACAUGUGCUGAACUUCAAGAGUAUCACAGACUCCUGCUAUUGAUAAUAAAGGUUUAAUGUUAUGAACGUUUUUGGAGGCAAUCUGUAAACAUGGUCUCAGCACCAAGUCAGAGCAAGCAAUUUUUAUUCAGCAGCUCAGAUCUGCUGAGAUACUUGAGUGUUAGCCACCGCUGAUGAUGUAUUUAUCAUGAAACUGAAUCAUUUUCAGGCAUUUUUGUAUUCUUUUUCCCAGAUAUUCUUUGUUUCAACUGGCUAAAUGUGAUGCUCAGCAGGGAAAAGCUUUCAGAUGUUACCACACUUCAACUUCGCUGUACAUGUGCAAGUUUAAACGACCAAAGAAAUGCAAGUGGGCCAAAGAAUUUAAUUAAGAUGAAGAGCUGUCAGGGCCUUUAUUAUGGAUGUUAAUGACCAAAUAUUUGAAGAGUGCAAUAUUAAAAUGCAAUCAUCUAAACACAGCAGGAAUGCUGUUAUCUUUGGUAUUCAGAUAGUUUUCCUUCUAGUAAUCCAGUGGGGUAGUAUUUCAUUGUUUGCCAUCAGACUUUGAUUUGAUUUCAAAUAUCCUGAAACAACUCAAAAAGUUAGCUUUUAUCAUUAAAAGGGAUUUUUCUAAGAACUGA